AUGGCCGGCCUUCCCUACAAUGUGACGAUGACGCCGGGGUACCAGCCGGGCACCGGCAUACCGGAGUGGCUCAACAAGGGUGACAACGCGUGGCAGAUGGUGGCGGCCACGCUGGUGGGCCUGCAGAGCGUGCCGGGGCUGGUCAUCCUCUACGGCAGCAUCGUGAAGAAGAAGUGGGCCGUCAACUCGGCGUUCAUGGCGCUCUACGCGUUCGCCGCCGUCUGGCUGUGCUGGGUCAUCUGGGGCUACCAGAUGUCCUUCGGCCAGAAGCUGGUCCCGUUCUGGGGCAAAGCCGGCCACUCACUCAACCAGGGCUUACUCCUCAGCCAGGCCGGCCUCCCGGCGACCACGCACUACUUCCACAACAGCGACGUCGUCGAGACAGUCGAGAUCACGCCCUUCUACCCCAUGGCGUCCAUGGUCUACUUCCAGUGCGUCUUCGCCGCCAUCACGCUCAUCCUCCUCGCGGGCUCCCUGCUCGGCCGCAUGAACUUCAAGGCGUGGAUGCUCUUCGUCCCGCUCUGGCUCACCUUCUCCUACACCAUCGGCGCCUUCUCCAUCUGGGGCGGAGGCUUCCUGUUCCACUGGGGCGUCAUCGACUACUCCGGCGGCUACGUCAUCCACCUCUCCUCGGGCGUCGCGGGCUUCACCGCCGCCUACUGGGUCGGGCCCAGGCUCACCAAGGACAGGGAGAGGUUCCCACCAAACAACGUCCUGCUCAUGCUCACCGGCGCCGGCAUCCUGUGGAUGGGAUGGGCUGGCUUCAACGGCGGUGACCCCUACUCCGCCAACGUUGACUCCUCCAUAGCUGUGCUCAACACCAACAUCUGCGCCGCCACCAGCCUCCUCGUCUGGACCUGCCUCGACGUCAUCUUCUUCAAGAAGCCCUCCGUCAUCGGCGCCGUCCAGGGCAUGAUCACCGGCCUCGUCUGCAUCACUCCCGGCGCAGGUCUGGUCCAGGGCUGGGCGGCGAUCCUGAUGGGCAUGAUUUCCGGCAGCAUCCCGUGGUUCACGAUGAUGGUGGUGCACAAGCGCUCUCGCCUGCUCCAGCAGGUGGACGACACCCUGGGCGUGUUCCACACCCACGCCGUGGCCGGGUUCCUCGGCGGCGCCACCACGGGGCUGUUCGCGCACCCGGACCUGUGCCCCAUGUUCCUGCCGGUCACCAACUCCCGCGGCGCCUUCUACGGCAACGGGAUGCAGCUCGUCAAGCAGGUGGUGGGCGCGCUCUUCAUCAUCUCCUGGAACGUGGUGGUGACCAGCCUGGUGUGCCUGGUGGUGCGGCUCGUGGUGCCGCUGCGCAUGCCCGACGACGAGCUGGCCAUCGGCGACGACGCCGUGCACGGCGAGGAGGCCUACGCGCUCUGGGGCGACGGCGAGAAGUACGACUCCACCAAGCACGGCUGGUACUCGGACAACGACACGCAGCACAACAAGGCGCCCAGCGGCGUCACGCAGAACGUCUGA